CCCGUGUGAAGUGGGAGCAGAGCAAGAAAGAAGCAUUCAGCAGCGACUGAAGAUCAUUGCCAGAGAUUAAAGCAGGGCAAGCGGAGAGUGCAGGAGUUUGCAGUGAAGGUUGAAGUAUUCCAGUUUUUGGAUAUCACUUUUCGGAAUGAGUGGAUCGGUGCGUUUCCCUGAAACACUGACAAGGUUUUAGAAUAAUAGGGCAGUGUCUAUUGCAGGCCUGUCACAGAGCUGGAGGAGCUGCCUUAACUGAACUGAGCUACAACACUGAAACGGGCUAAAGGAAGGCAGGAGGAAAUCAUUAUCCAGCGUCUCCGUGCUCAAAGGUGAUGGUUUGGCUCGCUAAUCCUAGUUGGCAGAUUCCCGUUUCCGUGCUCGUGCUGUUAUCCCUACAGAUUGAAGGUAACCGUCUUGACAACAUGCUGCUGAGGAGCACCGGGAAACUCAGCGUUGAAACCAAGAAGGAAUAUGUUGACAGUACCAUGCCUGCGUCACCUCAGAAGGAUCUCUGGUGCCACUGUCACCAUCACUGUCCUGAAGAGUCAGUCAACAACACCUGCAAAACAGACGGCUACUGUUUCACAAUAAUGGAAGAGGGUGACUCUGGAGGCUACGUCAUCACAUCUGGGUGCCUGGGCAAAGAGGGCUCUGACUUUCAAUGUCGGGAUACUCCAAAGUCAUCUCAACGAAGAGCUAUUGAAUGCUGCACUGACCGGGACUUCUGUAACCGAGAUCUCCACCCGACAUUGCCACCCCAGGAUAUGAGAGAUUUUGUGGAUGGAAGCACCCACCACAUAGCCCUCCUGAUCUCCGUGACCGUUUGCAGCAUCAUCCUGGCUCUCCUCAUCAUCUUCUGCUACUUCAGGUACAAAAGACAAGAGGAGAGACCACGAUACAACAUGGGCAUUGAACAGAACGAAACCUUCAUCCCACCUGGAGAAUCCCUUAAGGAUCUGAUUGAGCAGUCACAGAGCUCAGGCAGUGGUUCAGGGCUCCCUCUCCUGGUUCAGAGGACGAUUGCUAAGCAGAUUCAGAUGGUGAAGCAGAUCGGGAAGGGGCGCUAUGGUGAAGUCUGGAUGGGAAGAUGGCGCGGUGAGAAGGUUGCGGUUAAAGUCUUCUUUACAAUGGAGGAGGCCAGCUGGUUCAGGGAGACGGAAAUUUAUCAGACCGUGUUAAUGAGACACGAGAACAUCCUUGGCUUCAUUGCUGCUGACAUCAAAGGGACAGGGUCUUGGACUCAGCUGUAUCUGAUCACAGACUACCAUGAGAAUGGAUCUCUUUACGAUUACCUGAAGUCCACAACCCUCGACACGAAAGCCAUGCUAAAGCUAGCAUACUCGACGGUCAGUGGGCUCUGCCACUUGCACACGGAGAUCUUUGGAACGCAGGGAAAGCCUGCCAUCGCCCAUCGCGACUUGAAAAGCAAGAACAUAUUGGUGAAAAAGAACGGGAUGUGCUGUAUUGCCGAUCUGGGCCUGGCUGUUAAAUUCAUCAGUGACACCAAUGAAGUUGACAUACCCCUGAACACCAGGGUAGGCACAAAACGUUACAUGGCACCAGAAGUGUUGGACGAAAGUCUCAAUCGCAACCAUUUCCAAUCAUACAUCAUGGCAGAUAUGUACAGCUUUGGUCUGAUCCUCUGGGAAAUAGCUCGCCGUUGUGUUUCUGUAGGCAUUGUUGAAGAGUAUCAGCUCCCUUACCAUGAUCUGGUGCCCAGUGACCCGUCCUUUGAAGAUAUGAGGGAGGUGGUGUGUAUCAAGCGACUGAGACCAUCCUUCCCCAAUCGAUGGACCAGUGACGAGUGUUUGAGACAAAUGGGAAAAGUCAUGACAGAGUGCUGGGCCCACAAUCCAGCUUCUCGGCUAACAGCUCUCCGAGUGAAGAAAACCUUGGCUAAAAUGUCAGAAUCACAAGAUAUUAAACUCUGAUGCAACACCAAAUCUCCACUCGGUGUUCGAGACCCUCACAUAGCACCAGACCCGUAGCGGAUGGGAGAGUGACAGCCUUUUGACCCUUUCUAAACUAUCUUUUCUAUUUAAGUCAUUUCAACCCCUUGAUCGUUGGUGCAGCAAUGGGCUGAUUAACGAGGGAGAAGUGAACUGUCACAGCAGCCACCAGAGAUGGCAAAAGGAGCAUCCACUGGGUAUUUCCUGCUUACAUAGUGUUAAAAACAAACAGGUAUUCAAGAGAUUAACACAAAGGGAGGUUGCAUGCUCGCUUUCUGUGAAAGCUGUUCACUUGGUUAAUUUGUUUUUUUUUGAGAAGUGUUAUGCAAUAAGAGACUCAAAAAGCCAACUCCAACCUGACUCCAAUUGUACAUAAACUGACGCCAUUAACACUGGGUGGAGCUGCUGUAGGGUUUAACUGAGCUGAGUUUCUGACGACCAUAGGGGCGGAAGAUGUCGCCUGGAGUCCACUGAGAGCAAACGUCCUCAUCACAAGAAAAUGUGUUCCGCCGCUGUCUGCCCUGUCAUGGACACCUAUGAGAACGUUUCAUUGAGUAUGCGUGUGGAUAUUCCUUUGACCGAAGAGAGCUGGAUGGGAAGGGGCCUUGUGACAGGAAUAUGACAUUUAUUGACAAGCAUUGACAGGAACCCAGACAAUGUGAGACAUGGAUUGUAAUGUCUUCACCUUCCAUUCAAAACCGUCUCCAGAUGAUCAUAUAAUUGGAUUCCAUCUGGCCAACUGGAACUGUGUGCUAAUAUCUUUGUCUUGGAUCUCUUGUCACUCCAUCAUGCUUUCUGACUUUCCUUUGUAUCUCCUUCAAGAGCCCUACUGCUCUUACAGAAACACUUUCGGUGGUCAGAGGAUUGAAAGGGGAUUUGUUAAGCUAUGAGAGGAAUAAUCUCCUGGUCCAGAGUUCAUCGUGUUGGAGCAGCACUCUGGGAAUUCAUGGUGGACCAUCAUUGGUGGUAAAUUCAUAGGUUCAGAGAACAGGUGUCCCUGGCAGUCAGAGCCUGGCAAUGAAUGUAACGUUAGCAACCAGGUUACUCAGCUGGGAAACCACUCAAGGGGCUAGUUGUAAGGGACUGAUCAUCUGCUGAAUGUCACUCCCAAUGGGAAGUAUCAUGAAGUGCUGGGGAAAUUGACCCCCAAACAAAGAAAGGAGAGAGGAGGGAGACAGGUUCUAAAUCCCAAAAGGUGCUCCUCCAAGUCACUGAGAUUCUGCCCUGUUUUAUAUGCCACUCGUGGGCACUCGUGACAGUGGGUACUUGUCAGAUUAGAGACUUGGACAGCCUUGUGGGGACUUAUGGUUACAAUGUUGGGAAAAAUUCCAAUAUUUUCCCAAUACGCCUCCCCUUUUGUAAGGGUGCUGCAGUGAGUUUAGUAGUUUACUGCCAUUUCUUCAGGACAUGCUCCUCUGAAGUUAUUUGGGAGCCUCACAUUUCACAUGUUUCCUGGGUACUCCUUCCCAUUGGUUUCCAAAUGAAUCCCAGAGACAGGGGAACUUUUGACAAUAACCCUCGUUAUAAGGAUGGGCCCCAGUGGAUCCAGUGCCCCAGUGUUCAGCAUUCCUAUCAUAUUUCUGCCUCCAAACUUGCAGCUAUAUUCUCUAUAAAUGAAGAUGAUGAUUGAACAGAACCGAUGAUUACUUACAGGGUGGAAACAGGUCCUUUGGGCUAGCAAGUCCACACCAACCCUGCGAAGAGCAACCCACCCAGACCCCCACAUUUACUCCUUCACCGAACACUAGGGACAAUUUAGAAUGGCCAAUUCACCUAACCUGCACAGCUUUUGGACUGUGGGAGGAAACUGGAGCACCCGGAGGAAAUCCACGCAGUCACGGGGAGAACAUGCAAACUCCACACAGACAGUUGCCUGGGAUGGAAAUUGAACCCAGGUCUCUGGCGCUGUGAGGUGGCAGUGCUAAUCACUGUGCCACUGUACCGCCCUUUCAGGAGUGAGGUUUGGAAACGUGCAAAGAAGUGAGAGGAAUUCACUAUAUCCCAAUAUUUAUUCAAGGAUAAACACACUGAGGCCAUUAUAACAUACAAUACGUCCUGUCAAUUAGCCAACAAAAAGAAACACAAGUGUUUGCUUUGGUGCAAUUCACAACGUUUGACACCUUCCAUCCAUGAGCUGCAUCCAUUGCUAAUUUUUAAAUCUGAAAUCAAUAGACUUUUG